AUGGUCGGCCCUCCGCCCCUAAAAGGCAUCAAGGUCCUCGAAUUCGCCGGCCUCGCACCGGGUCCCUUUGCAGGCAUGCUCCUCUCCGACGCAGGCGCUUCCGUCCUCCGCGUCGACCGUGCCAUCGAGGGAAGCCGCACGCCCCUGCCGACGGAAGACAUGCUAGCCCGCCACAAGGCCUCCGUCGCCGUGGACUUGAAAUCGCCCGCCGGCCUCGCUCUCGUCAAACGUCUGGCCGAAAAGGCCGACGUGCUCAUCGACCCCUUCCGCCCGGGCGUGCUAGAGAAGCUGGGGCUGGGGCCCGAGGUCCUGGAAAAGGCAAACAGGGGCUUGAUUUACGGCCGCAUGACGGGGUUCCGAAGGGACGGGCGGUAUAAAGACAUGGCGGGGCACGAUAUCAAUUACCUCGCCGUGUCCGGGGCGCUGAGCAUGCUCGGCCGGGACGGGGAGAAGCCGCACCCGCCGUGGAACAUUUUGGCCGACUUCGCAGGCGGCGGGGCGAUGCUGUUCCAGGGGAUUCUGAUGGCGCUGCUGGCACGGGAGAGGAACGGUGGGAAGGGCCAGGUCGUGGAGGCCAACAUGGUGGAUGGGUCGGCGUACUUGGCCACGUUCCCGCGGUUCGCGCUCAAGAACCCGCUCGGGGACAACGGGCGCGGGAGGAACAUGCUCGACGGCGGGUGUCCGUACUACGACACGUACGAGACAAAGGACGGCAAGUACUUUGCGGUCGGGGCGCUGGAGCCGCAGUUCUUUGCGGCGUUUAUCAAGGGGCUCGGGUUGGCGGGGCAGGGGUGGGAGGAGGAGAGGUUCGAUCGGGCGAGGUGGGGGGAGCUGCGGGAGUUGUUCACCAAGAUCUUUAAGAGCCGGACGAGAGGGGAGUGGGAGAAGGUGUUUGACGGGACGGAUGCGUGUUGUACGCCCGUGUUGGAGUAUCACGAGCUCGAGACGGAGCCGGCGAGGGAAGGUGACCAAAGGCCGGCGGUGACGUUGGUAGAGACGCCGUGUUUGGCUGUGGCGGCCGGCGAGGAUAAGGAUCCGAGACGGGGGCAGGGGCCUGGUGUUGAGGGGGGAGGGUAUGUCGGCGUUCCGCUUACGCCUGGUGAUGGUGGUGAGAAGGCGCUCGAGGAGUGGCUUGGAUGGAAGAAGGGGAGAGAGUUUGAGAUUAGGGAGGGGACAUGGGUGCUUAAAGAGAAGUCUAGGCUAUGA